AAGGUCACAAGGAUAACACACUGUAAUGAAGGAGUUUUAUUAAAAACUCUUAUUUUGGACUAGAUUUGGGUAAAGUUAGGUACUCAUAUAGCAACACUAGAUAUGUGUACGACUAGUGAUUACGCUAUUUUGUAACUUUAAUUUCGUAAUUACGUUAGCUCUCAUCGUCCUUCGGUCUUUGACGAAAUAUGUUUCGACUCUUAGUAAUUGUGGAAACUAAACCACGGUCUCAGUUUUCCUAAUAUUAUGAACGUAUUUAUGAAAUUUUAUCAUCUAUGUCCUACUUCAAUCUGGGAAUUGUCAAAAGUAGUGACGGAUAUUGUGGACAAGUUUUUAUCUAAAUUAGAAUACAUAUAUCCUAAUUUUAGUGCACAUACUGAAUAGUAAAUAAACAGGCAAUAUGUUGGAACAGCUGGUAAGUGAUUAUGCUUCUUAUUUGAAGUUAGAUGUGUCCAGUGGAUUUCAAACAGUACAAGAUGUUAUUGAUAACAUGCUAACAAGACUCGAAGAAUUAACCAGCGUUUUAAACAUGGUGAAGUUGAAAAACAGUGACUGCAGAAAAGCUGUUUCCGAUGAUAUACACAAAUAUCGCAGUGAGGUGUACACACUUUCAAAAAAAAUCCUUGCAUUAAAUGAGAUUAUAAUAAAAUUACAGAACAAUGUAGACCUAAUUGAAAAACGAGUUGAAAAAGCCGAAGUUGAUUUUGGUAUCUAUACCGAUAACAAGAUACUAAGUUUAUUGAAACCAUUUUUGAAGAAAAGUAAAGAUACAAUAUCACACUCGGAUGUAACAAAAACAGCACCACCUAAACUACAAUUACAUAGUGUAAUGGACAAUUUUGACUCCAAUUCUUCAUGUUCAUGAUAUCGAUUUGUAUAUAUAUUAAUAAAUAACAAUUAAAAUAUGCUAUAAUUUGUAACAUAAAUAAAUUGUAAAAAUCGAAUUAAAAAACUUUAUUAUAUCUUUUGUU